AUAAAUUAACAAUAAAAGAGUUUUGCUUUCCUUCCACGAUGGGAAGUGGAAAGAAGAGAAAGCACUCACGUUCCAGAUCAAGAGAUCGUCACAGGAACCGUGACAGAUCGGAUGAGAGGUUGCAGAAAAUGCAAAUUCAACUGGAUAACCUAACAAGCCAGUUACAAAUCCUAAGUCAGGCACAAAUACCAACACACCAGGAAAUCAGGGGUGAAGAAAAAGAAGGUAACAAAGAGAACGUGCCUAACCUAGCUAAUAAAGCGAUCGAACUCGGUGCUGACACACCAACACCGAAUGAUAUAUCAACGGUUCCCAAAGAGAUGUUGGACAUCUUAGGAGAAGAUCCCAGCAGCACAAAGGAAAUAACAGUUGAUUUUCAUCCUGAAUUAAAAAUCAGAUGGGAAAAAUGGCUACGAGAGGGUUUUCCAAACGACGAUAAGAAGCCUAUUCUAUAAAAAUAUCCUCGUAAAGGAGAAUUGCUUGUAGAAGCUCCCAAGGUUAAUCUAGAGAUUGUUCCAGUAAUGACAGAUAUUGCUAAGAAACGAGACGGACAUUUCAUUGACAUUCAAAAUACAGUGGGCUCGGCAUUGUCAGCCCUAGGGGCUGCAAUCUCAAUGAUUCUGAACGAACCAGAGGACGGAAUUGACUCGGAAACUCUCAUAACUUACCUCUGUGAUGCUGGUAAACUAAUGACGGAUGAUUUCCAUAAACACUCUGUCGCUAGAAGAUCCUUUAUCACACUGCUACUAAGCAAAUCAGUAAAACCAACGAUUGACGCUACAAAACCAGACGAAUGGAUCUAUGAAACCAAGUUCGCUGAACAAGUUAAGGAGGCAAAAACUAUUGAAAAAGCGUGCACUAACAUCAAAGCUCCCGACAAGUCUUCCAAAAUCUUUGAUAUAAAACCUAAGUAUCAGGAAAACUUCAAAACCACACCUGCAAAAUACAAGCAGGUGGGUCAGUAUCAGAGACGUCCAACAAUAAGGUUCAGAUCGAGGAAUACACAGUCCAAUCAGAGAACAUCGAAGACUUCGAGUCGCUCAAAGAGUCAGACGUCGACGAAGAAAUAGCUGAGGUAAAGCCAGUCGCAGGUCGCCUUAAAUU